GCAUGGCUAGUUAGUGCAUGGUCUCUAGAGCAUGCAGCUUGAACCUCAGGUCCAAGAUCCAAAUGGUGUGGGAGCUACGACGUAUCAACUUUUGCCCCAAGUACGAGUUUCGUGAGCAUUUUCCCAUAAAAGCACAUGCUCUUCCUACCUUUGUCGCACUUUUCCACCAAAUUGUAUGCCAUUUAUUUUGCAUGGCUAGUUAGUGCUAGUUAGUUUUUGCAUGCGUGGUUAGUGUAUGGGCUAUUGAUCUUGCUGGCCUGUGCUCGGAUGCGAAACCCAGGUGUGUGGGAAGUUAUGGUAUCUCAAGCGCUUUUGCAUGUCCAAGUUCUUGAGUGGUACCCCACCAAACAACAACCUGUUUUUUCAUUUAGGAUCUUGUUCACUAAAACUCUUUCCCUUUGCAUACAUAGCUAGUGUAUGGCCUCAAGAGCAUCAUGGCUUGUGCUCAUAUCCAAAAUCCAAGUGGUUGGGAAGUUAUAGUAUGUCAACUAUUGUCCUCUGUCCAAGCACUUGAGCAUUGCCCAACAAAACCUUAACUUUUCAUUUCGUUUUUAAGAUACUGAGAAAUUUCUAAGCCCUUGUUUUGCAGGAACAUUUAGUGCAUGGGCUCAAGAUAAUCGUGGCUUGUGCUCAGAUCCAAAACCUAAUUGUGCAAAGAGUUAUGGUAUUGUAUGUGUUCCUUUUUUCCAGUUCUUGAGCGUUUUCCUACGAGUCCUCAACUUGGUUAUCUUGCUAGGCGACCCGACCCAACGGGCGCAAGGAGGCCGGCAGGAACAGGCGAUAGGCGCUGCUGUCAACUUAUACAUAUUAUCUAUGUAGAAGUUAUUAGUUAGACUAGGUGUGUGCUUCUAGUGAGUACAACCAACUGGUAUUUGUUCUAUGUUUCUCUUCCUGGUCAAUUCAUUCGUUCUUACGUUAACAUGGUAUCAC